ACCACUAGAUGUCACUGUGACACCGCGUUUUGAUUCAGCAGCUCGCUUCAUUCAUUUCAGCGGUUUCAAGUCAAAUACAGAGCUCUGAGAAAUGACUCAAUAAAUACCCGCGUGACUUUUUGCCAAUUUACUUUAGGGUAACUCAUAAUAUAUCUAUCACUUCUGUUUUUAUAAAGAAUAAAGGCAAGAAAACGGAAGCCUGAGCUAAUUAGCUUCUCAAUUUACAGUGUGGUGUUGCACCUGGCCUUGCCUCUGUGUGUCACCAGCCCAGCAGAGACAGGAACCUUUCAGACCAAAUGCCUCGAGCGUCACUUCUGGCUCUCUGUCAAGUCCAGCUUCCUCGGCUCAAUGAUCCGCUUUGACUUUGAAGACCAGAAUGGAUAUCACAUCCUCUCUGAUCAGGAGGCUGCACUCUGUGGUUACACCGUCCUAAUCGGUGGCGUUGGAGACCUGGUGUUUCGUGCCUCCUUCCUGGCCUGUCACGUUCACACCCAGACGGGCACAGACUACCACCUGCGCGUCUGGUUUGUGAACCUGCAGGCGGAUGGGAAGGUGGGACUAUACCCCUUCCAGCUCUACUGCUCUUUCCAGGGGCGGUGGAGCACCAGAGAGAUCGUCUGUGAAGAAAACUACAUGGAGGUGUCCGUCCAGCUUCCUGUCCUGACUGUGCAAUCCAAAAAUGACAAGAAGGGAGCUCAUCAGGCAGACACUGCUGUGAUGUUCCACAGAGCGGAUCAGCCGCCUGAAGAAGCCGUGGUGUUGUCCCUGACAGCCGCUGCUGCUCAGCACUACCACAUCUCGAUGAGUGGCUCACGUCUCACCCUCCGCUGUCCCUACUCCUCCCCUUUCUCACGCUUAAUGAAGGUGAGUGGGGUGGAUUUAGAAAUCCUAAGUGCAACUGUCCUGUACCGACUGCAGAGCAACUUCCUAGCUGUUGACACCACCGUCGCCUGUGCCCUAAAUGAGGCUACAACAGACGGGUCUGACCUGCUGUGGACCGUCCCUUUUAAUCUGUCUCCUCUUGUUCAUGGGCAGUUCAGGGACAGAGGAAUGAGGGUCGGAGUUAACAGCCAAGCUCUGAACGAAUCUGACGUUAAAGAGAGACGAUACAAGAUCGGCCUGCAGGAAGGACGAGUGGAGGUCAGGAUUCCUACAGGAGCCCCAGGUGGACACUUAAAGAGUGGUGUUGUCAGGGGACGGUACAGCCAGUCCAUGUCCGUGGAUCUGUUCUUUAUGAGGCAGUGGGAGGACGAGCGUUGGCCUCUCACACAGCAUCGCUCCUUCAGGCUGCUGAAGACUCCUGCCAUCCCUCAAACCCCCAUCUUGACCAACAGCACGGUCCCAUCCGAGGGAUUAUUUUCUGUCACUUUAGGCCCGUUUGCACCUGAUGUGUCCCUCCAGAAGGUGACCAUAGACGGUGGUGGUGACCUUUUAACCUGGACCCAAAGCCUCCAAACGCAGACUGACACAGACCUUUCGGUGUCCAGGCUCUCCCACGUUAACGGGAGCUUCUCUUACCAGUUCAGUUUUCCGUUGUCGCACCCAAAAAUAAUCCCUGAGUAUAUAGGUGCUGGCUAUAAGACGUACAGCUUCACUUUCACCUUUACGCUUAACAUCUCACCCAGUAGAGAAGUGUUUUACCAUCAAGCCACCGUAGAGCAUAGUGUUGAGUUUGCAGCUCCAGGUUCCCCCAGACUGGAAGGGAAGUGCACAGAGAGCAGCCUGCUGGUGCUGCUGCACCACGGGGCCCAGGACGAGCUGCAGUGGGAGCUGUUGCUCGGAGCCCGCCGGCUGGACUGGGACCUGGUGGAGAUGGGUGGGUUCGUGGUGGAGGCAGAGGAGGACUACUUAACUGUGGAGAUCCCUCUCUACAGCUCUGGGAUGAAGUAUGAGGAGCUGACAUUGCAGGGUCUUGUUGCUGGAGUGGAAGUGUCUGUUGUGGAUGCUGAGUCUCUGAAGCUGCAGGACAGUCUUGUCCAUCGAUGCACCUUCCCUGCUCGAGAACUAAUAGUUUGUUUGCCAGAAGGGAGGAUGGUGGCAGUGGUCGACACCACCCACACCAUCCCGCCCACUCACCCCAACCGAACUGCUCUAUCGGACCCCAAAUGUGUUCCCAUGGAGACGGACAGCGCCAGAGCUCUGUUCAGCUUCAGCCUCGACUCCUGUGGGACACUUGUCACUACCGAGGGAGAUUUCCUGGUUUAUGAAAACCAGAUCAGCUACACUCAAGAUUUUCUGCCUUUGGAUGAUCCCGUUAUACACAGAGAUUCUCCAUACAGACUGACAAUCCAGUGUCGCUACCCCGCAAACCAUACCAGUACUCUUGCUAUCCAACAUCCUGUGUACACAUCUCUGGACCUUUCACCAAUGAUGCCAGUUAAACGCACACGCAGGGAGGCUGCAAACACAGGUCAAAGGAAAUGGACGGUGAAUCUUGAGCAACAAGAAAAACAUCAACAAGUUUCAGUGUGGAUAACGUUGAUGCAUGCCUCCCUGCUGCUUCUCAUGCUCUGCACAUUUGGUUCUGCGUACUGGAUCUGUGAAUUAAAUCAGUGAACACUAUUUUAUUUAUUAUUAGGUAUUUGUUUUAAAUUAUUUUAUGUCAUCUCUUUAGUUUUUAUUUUGACAGGGUUUGAGAAAUUAAGUUAUUGUAUCUUUCUUCUUUGUUCAUUAAAGAGUGUUCUGAUAAA